GGUGCAGUCUUCCUCGGGAGUUCCGCUCGGUCACAGACGCCAGGUGCGCGCGGUCCUCCUCCUCCGCCGGAAGUGCAGGCAGCGUGACCGUGGUCGGAACCCUCCGGCAUGGCUCGUAUGGGAGGAACACGCCGUGGAUGCCGCUACCUUGUAGUGCUGCCACAAUUCUGACCACGCAGCGCCACCGGACUGCGGUCCUUCAAACCGAGCGCGGCCGGCCGAAUCAUGACGGCUUCGUCGGAGUCGAACGAGUCCGAGACCGGCUCGGACACGGGCUUCGAGACAGGCUCUGAUCCUCCGUCGGUGGGCAACAGAGACACUCCGCGCACCUCGCCGUCUCCCGAGGUCGUCAAAGAGGAUGUGCCGCUCACCGGACAAGUGCUCGACCUGCGCCACCGAAACCUUGAGAGCCUCGUCGUGCGCGGGGCCUUCUCGGAGACUCUGGAGCGCCUCAACGUGGCUGACUGCGGGCUACGUAAGGCACCAGAAAGCAUUUGGGAUGCCACCAGCCUUGUGGUGUUCAACGUGGCUUCCAACUUCCUUCAGGAGAUCCCGCCAGAAGUGUCCCGCCUGCACAGGCUUCGCGAGCUGCACGUGGACUUCAACGAGCUGCACGACCUUCCGGGCGAGCUGUCGGCACUGGUCCAGCUGCGCAUGCUCAGCGCCAGCGGGAACCGGCUCACGGCGCUACCGGAGGCCCUGGCUCGACUGACGGCGCUCGAGAGCCUGCGCUUGUCUGCCAACGCCAUCGCUCAGCUGGCGACGCCCCCCGUCCUGCAGGCGCUACAGGCCCUCAGGCGCCUUGACCUGCGCUCCAACGGCAUCCAGGGAGUCGCCGACUUCACCGCCCUGCAGAACCUGCAAUCCUUGGACGUGAGUUGGAACAGAAUCGAAGAACUGCGGCUACCGACAACUAACCGCCUUCGCCACCUGGACUGUUCACGGAACUGCCUCAGCGAGCUCAGUCUGCCAGGAGGUCGUCUCGAAACGCUCUGCUCUAGUCAUAACCGUCUACAGAAUGUCGACAUCACGCUACCGUGUAAUGUACUAAGCUACAUCGAUCUGUCAACGAACCAGCUUGUGCAAGUGCCCUACUGGGUGCCCCAGGCACGCAGCGCCCAACAUUUGGACCUGGGCCACAACUGCCUCACUUCCGUUCCCGCCAGCCUGUUCAGCCCGACACUGUCUCAGCUGGACACAGUGCGACUCAAUCACAACAGCAUCGCCAGCUUCCCUGAAAGCAUCACAGCGCAGUGUCACAUCCGCCAUCUCGACCUACAGCACAACUGCCUCACUGCCUUGCCGCCAAACCUUCUCCGCCAUGCAUACAGGCUCCAGUGGCUGAACGCGUCGUACAACAAGCUGUCGUCGCUGGCGCGGCCCGACCAGACGAGCUUCCCGCUGCGUUGGCUUCUUCUCACACGGACGGGCCUUACGGACGAGCAGGUCUGGCCUCUGGUCUUGGCAUGCCCCGGCCUCAAGGUACUUCAGCUGGCGUACAACCAGCUCCACACCGUUCCUGGCAGGAUAUCCGAGCUGGACAGCCUGCGUGACCUGGUAUUGACGGGCAACGCGCUGCAGCGGCUUCCAGACUCGCUGGCUUCUCUGCCCGGACUCGAGGCCCUGCUUCUCAACUGCAACCGACUCGACACAUUGCCAAAUUUCGAGCACAGCCGUUCCCUCAAGGUGCUUGACGUGUCGUGCAACUUGCUGAGCAAGGUGACCCUUUCGUCACUGGUGUCCCCGAGUCUUCAACAGCUGGACAUUUCCUGCAACCAAGCGCUGUUCGUCGACACACAGGAAUUCCACGUACUCUGUUCCAGAAGAAAUGUGUCCGUUGUAGACACGAAGUUCUCUGGUCGCUUGGCGCCACCCUUCAAGUCCAACGGCCCCGCUCAAAGCUGCCUUGAAAGCCCCUUCUGGACUACCGGCUUUUCGGAAAGUCUCAAAGGGCCAGCCAGGUUGUACAUCAACCAGUGCACGCAGCCGAGCGGCCACACCGAGGUGCUGGCGGCCAUCUUGGAGAGCCCACAGCGGCAGCUGCUUUCCACCGCAAAGGCGGCUGUCGCACAGCUCGUACGGCAGGAGCGACGCUCAGCCGAAUCCUCGGCAGUCUUCCUACAGAGCAUCAUACUUUCCACCUACAGGGCCCUGGGCAGCAAGGCGUGCUGCCACCAGCUGAACAUCCUGCUCUGCCACCUCGCCCCGGCUGACGUGAGCGCGGACGAUACCGACGGGGCGGCGUACCUGAUGACGGUCGCGCAGUGUGGUGGGGCCACGUGCCUGCUAGCCCACGCCGACAAGCAGGCAACCAUACUCUUUGAGGAGAGCGGCCAAAGCACACGUUGCGUCGCCGACGACUGGGAUGCGGCAGUUCAGGAGGGCUUCCAGACGCACGCCAGCUCUUCGUGGCCGUCGACGGCGCGGGGACCGCCUCCGUGCGAGCUGCCGUCGCCCAGCAUUCGGCACGUGACGCUGCGCCCGGACGACCGACUCGUGGUGCUCUCGACGGCCGCGCUGGGCGACGCUCUCGAACCCGAAGCAGCACUCGCCGAGGCCCUGGACGCACCCAACCCGAUGGCUGCCGCCAAACGGCUCAACCAAGCUGUCGCGUCGCUGGUUAGCGACGGCGGCACCUGCGUCAUCGCCAUCGGCCUGCAGCCGGCGGCGGCGGCAGUGGCCGCCGGGGGCCCCGGAAAGAGCGUCCACUUCCGCAUCACAACCGACAUCGACGACGAGCAGGCGGAUGAAGCCGAGGCCUACAAGGCCUGGGAGUACAUGCUCGCCCAGAACCACAAGAUGCUGUUCAACCGAGAGCUCGAAACGCUGCACCGGACACUGGCCAAAGGCAAGGCAGCUAGGCAUGCGACCGUCGCCGACGGUGCCGCUGCGGCCGCCUUCGGUACGGCAAGGCUGGGCUCCAAGAAAAAGCGCUACUGCUAUGGCCAGGCCGGCGAGCCGCUGCCUUCCAGUGUGGCUUAAUAACAGCUCGGCGCACACACGCCUCCGGCUUGGAAGAAGACCCCGGACAACACACAUGCGUCUAGCCCACGGUGCAUUUCCUCACUGGGCGCAGUGAGCUUCUGCACACUUUAGUGCUAUCGGACAGUGAAAGAAGUGUGUGGUGACUGUCGAUAUGAAUACCCCUAUACGCUGGCAGCAGCGAAAUCAAUGCUACGACAGAUAUUCCAAAGACUUCAAUGAUAUAACUGCAGUCCGCGAUGAUGUGUUCGAUGGCAGCAACCGCGCAUGGGGUAACUUGCACCUGCUCUGCCAUAAUGUGAAUCUAUGCACCAGUCGCGGAACUGUAUUGUGCAGCAUACCGACAAGUGUUCCAACAGUGAAAUAAAGCUUUCUUUGUACAUUUA